AUGUCGCGGUUGCUGCUGAGUUUCUGGACGUGGUUUGUGCACCAGAGUGCGGGGCUCCUUUCGCUUGACUGGGCAGUGGAAGCAACGCCGUGCACACCGGAGGAGAUUCUGACAGCUUUGGGCUGCUUCCGGUGGGUGCGGCCCAAGACGCCAAUCACAGCUCUUUGGUACAUGUGCGAGUACCCGAGCCCCAGAAGUCUCAAGCUUCACAACAUCAGUGCCACAGCAAAGCCUGCCACGACGAGUCUUUGCUGCAGAUGCUUUGCCAAGUUUGCCUUGAUCCAACGCCAGCUAGCACAGGAGUCUGCAAGACUCAAAACCCAACUGAUGCUCCAGACUGACACUGUCCGAAAUCUUUCGACAGAACUUCGCGUGCCCCUAAUCUUCCGAAGCCCAGCAAGAUAUGACGAUGUGCGGCGUGCUUCGAUACUGUUUAACAGAGUCUUCGGCAAGUUUCUACGAGAUGCAUGGUUCUUGUCCACUUCACUGCUGGCGCUUGUGGAAGAUGGUGGCGCAGACUCAUCAUUCGACUUUCGCACUCUUGAGGGUCUGGUUGCCGACACUUUGAUUCUUGUUCGCCACAACACGGACUCACUGCGGAAGCUGCUGCUACAGACUGAGAACAGCUGUUUACCCAACAUCUUCCACCAAACCUGCACGGCAGAUCACCUGGCAGUGUUCCACAGUUUUCCUCCAGUUGAAGGACCUGAACCCGAGGGCCAUGCCGUGGAUUUCUUAGGCAUUGCGACAAACAUCACCACGGUGUGUGACUAUCAGAUGUCUGCCCUUCUGGCACCGACUAGGACUUUGGACUGCAUUUUUCGAAGAAUGGCGCUGCCCAGCACCCGAUUCUGGCCAUUCCUUGACGAAGAAUAUUUCGAGUGGAAGGACAUCCUCGAAACAGCGCUUCGUGGAGCGCGUGAGGGUCGCAACCUGCGCAUGGCCGAGAUUGGGUCCGGUCCUCACGCAAUUUGGGCCAUGCGUGCUGCGAAAGCCUUUUUGCAACACGCAGGGCCCGAAGCGGGCUGCGAACUUCUCCUUGUGGAGCCAUUCGACUUAGGAGAUGGAUCUCAACUUGGUGAACACAUUGCUCGGAACUUGCCGGAGGGUCGGUGCAAGUGGGUGGUGGAGACAGACCCGGUGGAAUCUGGCAAGCAACUGCAGGCAAUUCUGGGGUCUGGUGACCCUUGGGAUCUCGUUGACAUCGACGUACAGGGGGCAGAGCAUGCUAUGCUGCAGGGCAUGGCGCCCUGGCUUGUGGGCCGUGUGCGUCGUCUCCAUAUCUCUACGCAUUCACGCCGGAUUCACAGCGACAUCCUUCGCUGGCUGCAGCUUGCCGGCUGGACGAUCCUUGCUCAGUUCACCUUCCUGUCUGCGGCCGGGCCCAAGGAAGUGCCACUUGGGCCCUUCGUGAACUGUGAUGGACACAUCAGCGCAGUGCACACUUCCGAGGAGAAAAAUCGGGAGUGCGGAGACGAUCGCACCCUCGAGCUGCUCGUGGCUCAGCUGUUGCGAUUUCCAGACCUUCUGAUUCUGCAUCUCUGCUUGAUCAUGAUCUCAACGCUGACCGCUCGCCAACAGCAAACGGACCACGACCUGCCCGAGGCUAGUUUCGGCAAGCAGGGCCACAACACGAGACUCAGUUGGCUCUGCCAGGCAGCGGACAUUGACGUAAGUGCAAUUCGGAAGGUGGCAUCCCUGUACAACUGUCUGCAGAUGCAGGAACCAGGAGACUCCCCGGAGGCGGAGAUCACAGGGCACACGUCGAUGCUUCAAAGCUUCGAAGGCUACGCCGCUUGGAUGAAGGUGCAUGGAAUUGGUGCAUGGAAUUCUGAAGUGCUUCUCGAGGGGCAGCUGGGGCGUAUGCGUCAUGCCGCGAAGUACCCGGACGAUUUUGAAGACAUCCCUAGCAGCACCACAGGCGCUUGUAAAGCUGCCACUGUUUUCCGGAAUUACUUCCUGAAUGGGGUUGGGCAAGGGCGUGGUCAGCAGCAGAUCGACCUGCUCACGCACGUCGGUGAUCUGGUUGGAAAUCGCAAAGAAGGAUACUGGGUCGUGAGGAAUGGCUUCAUGAUGCCCAGGCCUGGGGGAAAGCUCAUAGAUCUCGGCGAGAGGCUUGCCAGUGAUCAAAUUCUGGCAGAUGACGUGGCCAGUCGAGUUCGAGUAGGGGUUCACUGGGACACACAGGUGCUGCUUGACGACAUUUCUCACAACGUCUGUCAGGUGUGUUGCUCUGCGCCCGCUGUCGCGUUUUCCAAGAUUGUGAAGGCGCAGCACUGGGCGCCAUUUGCCAUCAGUUUGCUGACUGGUGCCUAUGAUGCUACGCUGGCCGCGGGUGCAAUCCUGGCGGCACGGCGGCGGCAACGCGUCAAAGUUUUUCUCACCGCGAUCGGAGCUGGAGCUCUAGGCAAUCGACCCAGCUGGAUCUACCAGGCUGUUGACAGAGUGUUGGAAGCGUAUAAGUCCGCUCCUUUGGACGUGUACUUGAUCCACUUUUCCCGAACAGACAAGUUUGAGAGGCUGCAGGGCAGCCGGCCAGAGCCGGUUCCACGGAAUCGAAGCACGCUGGACGAUAGGGUUGCUGCUAUGCAGAAAGAGGUUGGAGAGGCAAAUAUGCUGCACAAAACGCAACGCUAUCCGAUGAUGGGCUCGCCGACCGCUGCUCGUGACAACAUGAGCCUGAUGAUCGCCAAGGCUUUUGCAUAUUUUGACUCCAAUGGCGACGGGGUCAUCGACAUCGACGAAUGCACCUACAUCCUUAGAAGCCUGGAUCCGGCUUUCUUCACACAGGAGAAGGUGCGACAACUCGCUGCCCAGGCAGAUGCGGACUCCGACGGUUACAUACACUAUGCCGAGUUCAUUGCGUGGAUCUUGGACUCAGACUCAGUGAUGACCUCGCGAGUGUUGGCGGCCUCCUCUUUUGUUGCAGAGAGCAUGCCCGACGGCAUCCUGCCAGAGUCGCCUUUGAAGCUAGCAUCGAGAGCUCGACCUGCGACCAGUGGCGAAAUGUCGUUCUUCUGA